UACGGAUCAUCGACAAUAUAACAAUUUACUCCGGUCAGAUUGCUUUAACACUUUCCAAAUUUCUAACUUCUGUCUCCUACCAGUCAAAAACCGAUGUGCUAUAUCUCAAACUGAAUGGUUUCUCAGUCACCUGUGGCGCUCUUGAUAUAAAAUGGUCUUUAUUGAAAAGCAAAGAUAGCUGCGCCCUCGGAAAAAACCAAAGUAGCCUAUCUAACACAAUCAACCACGUUUUAAAAGAGGUAACCUUGAUAAACGGUGAGACGUACAAGGUUGUGGCACAAGCUUACGAUAUGCGUGGACAGGCUGGGUUACCUGUGUGCAGCAACGAUGUUACGAUAGAUACUAGUAAACCGAGCGAAGGAUGGAUCCGCGAUGGCCUAGGAUCUAAAGACGUUCAAUUCGAAUCAAAUAAAACAAUCAGUGCAAACUGGGGAGGGUUCAAAGCAAGUCAUGGUAUUGGAAAAUACCAAGUGGCAGUUUAUAACAACACCAAUCUCCUCCAGUCGUUUACUAACGUUAACCUAGCUGUAUCUUUUAGUAAGACCUUUUCAGUGAUCACAGACGGUGAUAGAAUUACUACGAAAGUAAGGGCAUUCACAAAAGCUGGGCUAUAUUCUGAAGUUUCCAGCAAUGGCAUCACGAUCGAUACCUCCAGACCUAUUCCCGGAAAUGCUUUUGACGGAUAUUCGAAUGAUCUCAAAUAUUCUAACUGGACUAAGACCUACAAUGCCAGCUGGACACCAUUCACGGAUGCUCACACACCUAUCGUGGAGUACAAAUUGGGUGUUAAGAAGAAAGAUGGCGGGUUGAUUGGAUCAGGAUUAGCAACGAAAGGACUACAACGUUCCGGUAGCAUAUCGGACUUACAACUCGCCUCUGGAAACGAAUACUGCGCCAUUGUUGAAGGGGUGAAUGCUGCGGGACUCAGUUCCCAAGCCACUUCUGAUUGCCUUCUCAUAGACCACGAUGCACCGCAACCUGGCACGGUCAACGACGGGACUUCGGGGGAUAUCGACCACCAAUCGGGAGACGACGUAUUUCACGCAAACUGGUAUGGAUUCAGCGACGGACAGAAGGGAAGCGGAAUUGGGGAAUAUAAAUACAGGCUGGUGGAGGAAAACGACAGAGGAGUUAUUACUCAGUGGUCCUCUUCUGAUCUUCAAACAAAAGCUACCAUUACUGGAUUAAGCCUUGUAAAUGGCAAAACGUAUUACAUUGCAGUGCGUGCUGUUGAUAAAGUUGGAAACUAUGUUGAAAUAAAAUCAGACGGUGUUUCUAUCGAUACGAGUCACCCGGUUUAUACAGGUAAUAUUAGUGUUCAGGGCGAGAUAGCCCAAAAGAAUGGAGAGACGAUUGUUUAUAUUAGAAGCAACGAGUCAGUGACGUUAUCCUGGCCCCAGUUUGUAGACCAACAUAGCGGGAUGCUUAAGUAUCAGUGGUCAAUGGUCGAAAGGGAUGAGAAAGCUGCAUCGUGGAAAGAUGUUCCUGGAGUUAGAUUGGAUACAAGUGCAAUCAUAAGCUCGCUGUCACUAACAAACAACAAAGAAUAUCAACUUACAAUACGCGGAAUAAAUAACGCCGGCCUUCACGCUGACAUAAAAUCACCCAUUAUUAUGCCCAUGAGCCAAGCCAGCGAUCUUGGUACAGUCUCGGAUGGCAAGGACCCGACGACUGACAUCGACUACCAAACGAACACCUCUGAGGUUCAUGCGACGUGGAAAGGCUUUGAGACAUCCAGCGUGAAAAUACGAGCGUACUUUUACGCAGUCGGCAGCUGCGUCAAAGGAAAUUACCACGUGACCAAUAACCAGUUUAUACCAGUUAGUCCAGCUACUGCUACCUCACUUGAGAUUCAAGGAUUAAACCUGAUCAAUGGUCAACGAUAUUGCGUGAAAAUCAAAGCGGAAAAUUUGGCUGGGGUCUUAACAGAAGCUGUCUCUUCAGACGGAUUUAUUGUAGAUGUGACCCCCCCUGAUCUGACACGCGCGAUGGUAUUGGACGGUAGUGGACAUGAUGACAUCGAUUACCAAUCAAGCACGGGGGAGUUGUCAGCAACGUGGAGGGAAAUUCGAGACUACGACUCAGGCAUACACCAUUUCGAAGUAGCAAUUAGCCGAAAUCGGAUUGGCGUACCGGAUUUGACGUCAUUCAAAGACGUAGACCGCAAUAUGUCGGCAAGUAUAGCUGGAUUGAGUCUGAACAAUGACGUGUAUUACAUCAUAGUCUGCGCUAUAAAUAAUGCAGGGUUGAAGUCAUGUCUGGCCUCCGACGGCGUCCUCAUCGAUCCAACCCCUUCAACUUCUGGCGUGGUGUAUGAUGGGAUACUGGAACCGGAUGUACGCUAUCAGUCGUCGACAACAAAGAUAAGCGCGAACUGGGAACGAGUCUGGGAUUUAGAGAGCAGAGUGGAGCGAUUCGAAUGGGGAAUUGAGGAAGAAUACAAAAGGCCUCUAUCAGACUUUGUUAAUGUUGGACUCCAAACACAUGUUACAAGUAGCAAGAUGUUGUCUUUAAAACAUGGACAAAACUACACGGUUGUAUUGCGUGUAUAUAACAGAGCAGGUGGCAUGCGAGAACUGAUAUCAAAUGGAAUCACUAUUGAUACCACUCCCCCCUUACCGAGUACCAUUACUUUGGGAUCUUAUUGGCGUUUCAACAAGGAGACGAGAACUUACUAUUCAUCCACAACUGCUGGCAUAUACGUGACUUGGGAGGACUUCAAAGAACACGAAAGUGAAAUUUGGUACUACAAGUGGGCAAUAGGGACAUCAAACUGUGGCAGCCAGCUUCAACCACUUAUCAAUAUCGGCUUGUCCACGCGUGCAAACACGACCGGAAGUGAGUUAAACUUCCGGCCUGGGGUUCCUUAUUACGUCACAGUCGUUGCGCGAAACCGUGCAGACCUUGCGUCGCGUGCUUGUUCGUCACCACUCCUGUUUGAUUACACUCAACCUACUGCUGGUAGUAUCCGGAUAACUUCAAGUAAUGGGGCUGAGAAAAGCGAUUUCAGUUCUACUGAAGACCCUCCCCAUGUUAGUUGGUCCGAUUUUGAGGACUUGGAAAGUGGCAUAGAAAAAUAUGAGAUCUCUAUUUUACAAUCGGAUACGGAAAUUUACACUUUCAAUUCUAGUGGCCCAAUGGUCAAUGUUUCCCUCGGUAAUUUGGCACCAGGGUCAGGAUAUUCGAUAGCCAUUAAAGCCAUUAAUUAUGCAGGACUUCAAACCACUGUUUCUUCAAAAUCAUUCAUUAUUGAUGACACUCCGCCAUAUUACACUGGCCGCGCACCUAAACGACACUUUCAGUCCGAUCUAACUUCAGUCAAAGCAACGUGGAAACAUUUUUCAGACAACGAAAGCCUUAUAGAAUUCUACGAAGUCGGUCUUGGGACACGACCACAUAGAGACGACAUUCAUGAAUUUACCAGAACUGGUUUGUGUACUGAUAUAAAGUUUGCCGGUUUGAAUCUAACAGAUGAUUCAACAUAUUUUAUCACUGUGACGGCCCACAAUACAGCAAAGCUCAGAAGUUCGCUGAUUCUAGAAGAAAUAGAAAUCGAUCAAACAUCGCCAACUGGGAAAAACAGUAGCGUUAGAGACGGUCUUUCUGGGUACGAUAUCGAUUUCAUGUCUCUAAACGACUCGGUUUCGGCAACUUGGGAAAACAUUGAAGAAAAACAAAGCAUGAUAAAUAUGUUCGAAUAUUGUGUUGGCACCACUCCAUACAAUUGUCUCGUAAAACCAUUCACUCAAAUCGGCCUUAACAAAUCAUUCGUAUGCGAAGAUUGUGAAAUAAACGCAAGCAGGAAAGUUUUCGCAAGAGUUCGUGCAACGAAUAGUGUAGGAUUGUCUGCUGUCUUUGUUUCUGAUGGCGUGACCGUAGACCUCAGCCCACCUGACAUAGGCCGUGUUUUCGAUGGAGAAAAGACUAGAAGCCCAGACAUAGAGAAGGUUGAUCGUGAUUGGUUGCCGACCAUUACGUGGUUUGGAGCACAGGACAUUGAAAGUGGCGUUCGAGAGUGUGAAUGGGUCAUCCAAAAGCGCAUUGGUAACGAGAUCGCAACUGUUUAUGUAAAAGCACUUGAUCAAGCAAACAUAACGUAUGACGUACGGCAUACAGAUGCCGCUCCACUACGAUUAGAUACAAAUGCCUCUUAUAUCAACGUAAUCCAAUGUUCGAAUAAUGCUGGUAUGUUUAGCUACCAACAUUCCAAUGGAUGGUCGCUUGUCAACCAAUGGCCAAUGACGUCAGAUGUUUUCGAUGGACUUGGACCACAUGAUUUAGAAUUUGACGUCAUCGGCGACACUCUUGGUGCAUCAUGGGGCACAUUUUACGGGGAUUCGAAAGACCCGGUCAUUGGAUACGAGUGGGCUGUGGGAACUUCUGACGCAUCGGAUAACAUCAUGGUUUUCACAGAGGUUGGAUUAGUCACCAGGGCUUCAAUAUUACUGCCUAACAGCGACAUCGAUCUGGACACAGGGGUGAAGUAUUACGUCACUGUCCGCGCUACGACAUUGAGCGGAAGGACUAGUAACAAAUCUUCAAACGGAUUUAUCGUGGAUACGACCGCACCAACGGCCGGUGUGGUUAAUGUGGCACACAAAAUUUUAAAACAGGCCACGAAUGAGGUAGAUUAUACGCUAACAUGGAGUGGCUUCGGCGAUUUAGAAACAGGUAUCAAAAAGUUUGAAUUCUGUCUUGGCUAUAUCGAGAAUGCUUGCUCGACCGCCUUGACCAGCGCUGGUUCAGACCAACAAGGGACUGUGCAAGGGUUUACCCCGGCUGAUCUAGCCACGCCAUUCUACGGUAUUGUGAAGGCAACCAACAAUGCUGGCUUGAUAACUAUUGUCAGUUCGGAUGCGAUCAAAAUUGACUUCACCCCUCCCAUUGCUGGGACUGUCAUUGACGGGUUGGACGAAGACCUGGACAGUAUUGCGGUCAAUUCUGCCCUGAUUAGCACAUGGUCCGCGUUUUCCGAUCCAGAGACUGGUAUCGAAAGAUGUACGCUGACUGUCAUUGGAAAGGACAACAAAGGUGAAUUCUCUGUUUUGAGAAUGGAUGUAAACGCAAGUGGAUCUAUAACUCACAAAUUUAACAUAGUCCUAGGAUUACAAUAUCUAUCGAGUAUAGAAUGCAGAAAUCCUGACGGCUUUAAGACUUCUGCAGAGUCUGAUGGUAUAUUUUGUGACGGAACUGCUCCGAUUGUGGGCUCAAUAUACCACAUGACCGACCAAAACCAAACUUCGGACAGUCUUUACCAAUCCUCGACAAACACCCUUGAAGUGUACUGGAACCCAGGCAACGAUCCUGAAAGUGGCAUUAAGGAGUAUUUGGUGGCCGUGGGUUCUGGAGUCUACCGCAACGAUGUGCGUGAGUUCUUUACGGUGGGCAAGGCUACUGAAGUUAAAAUUGCGAAUCUAUCGAUGAACUCUGGAACAACGUAUUACGUCACACUGGAAGUAGUGAACAAUGCAGGCUUGAAGUCACGUGCUUCGUCAAAUGGUAUUGGGGUGGACACAACAGCGCCAAUUAUAACUAAGGUUGAACUUCAAUCAUCUCAUACAGCACUAAACCAUAUCGGACCAGGUGAUUACCUAACCGGAAAAUGGAACAUUUACGAUGAUGAAAGUGAUAUAGACUUUACAGAAUUCUGCAUUGGUACAACCAAGGGUGGUUGUCAAGUAGCAGAUCUGAAACGUGUCCCUAGCAACCGUAUGAGUGUCACAUGUUUCGAAUGCAAGAUAAAACACAAGCAUACCUAUUUCAUGACGAUACGAGUCUGGAACACGGCGGGACUAUUCAAUUUGGCCCACACAGAAGGGGUGACCGUAGAUUUAACCCCACCAACAUCCGGUAUAAUUUCAAUAAAACCUAACUAUAUACCAUGCUUAGGAAACUGCAGUCUGAGCGCAACAUUUAAAGGGUUCCUUGAUAACGAAAGUGGAAUGGAAAAUUGCAAUUUAAGAAUAAAAGCAGCCGGCGGGGAAAGUUUUAUUCCAGCACAUGUCACAGGCAGUACGAAUCAUAUCUUGGCCUCUAAUCUGACACUCAGACAUGGGGAAAAAUACAAGCUUGCAUUCAUUUGUACAAAUAAUCUUGGUGAAAGAAGCAGAGAAGUCGAUUCUCAGGAAGUAAACAUUGACAACAGCCCACCAGAAAAGGGAUUGGUUAUCAUCAGUCCUGAUCCAAACCACGACAAACGACGUCAGCAUACCGGAUGCCACUUCCUUAACACGACACUGCGUGUUUUCUGGACGGGUUUCCAUGACGAAGAAUCCGAUAUUGCUGGAUUUAGCGUCGCCAUUGGGCGAGCCCCACUAAGAUAUGACGUCCUGCCUUUCCGAGACUUCAACAUCAACUUUGAGGCUAAUUUUGAGUUAACUGAAGAUCAUGGUCUGUCCAAAGGUGACACGAUAUUCGUUACAGUAGAGGCAACAAACAAAGCAGGACUUACAACCAAAGUUUCGUCACCAGCCACCCGACUUCUAUCUGAUAAGGAUAGUACCUUACUUAACGAAGGAGAUUUCCAAUGUGUAAAUGUUUGAAUGGAAUUAUAGCAACUCGCAUUUAUGCCUUUUUUUCUGAAGUUUUUUCAUAAUCAAAUACACUACAAGCAUGUUGGUUAAUCAUUGAUAAAUAUAAGUAAACUUUCUGUCCUAAUGCAUUUUAUAGUUACGCUGGCUGAGAUAGGUUGACAUCGUCAGUAUAAAGAUAGUACCUCACUUAAUGAAGGAGAUUUUCAGUGUAUUGAGCGUUUUAAAGAAAUGAUAGUUUUCUUUUUUGUUGUAGAGAAAUGGUAAUUUUUAUAGACAUUGUAAGUAUUUCGAACAUAAGAAAGACACUAGAGACAUAUC